GGGCGACUCGCUUCAACACUCCAUUUUCACUCUCCGUCUUCUAUCGUGCAGCCCAAAAUCAUCUGUGGCCGACGACCUCUCGCAGAACAGCUGGAACGAAAUUCCCUCGACUUCAGCGCCUCAAAAAAUUGUAUCAGGAGGAUAUUGAAAUCCGACUCGUUGCCACACAUUUGGCCUAUUUCAAACGUCCAGAACUAGAGAUCCGCCACCCAUCAACGCUUGUGCAAGAUGCCCCGAUUCUAUGAGAACAAAUAUCCCGAGGUCGACCAAUUGGUCAUGGUCCAGGUCCAGUCUAUUGAGGACAUGGGUGCCUACGUCAAGCUCCUUGAAUACGACAACAUUGAAGGAAUGAUCCUUCUUUCUGAGCUUUCUCGAAGACGUAUCCGAUCAGUCCAGAAACUCAUUCGAGUGGGACGAAACGAAGUCGUUGUUGUGAUGCGUGUGGACCCCGACAAGGGCUACAUUGAUCUUUCCAAGCGACGAGUUUCUGCGGAGGAGGUUGUCAAGUGUGAGGAACAAUACGAGAAGGGCAAAGCGGUCGACUCUAUCAUUACCCAGGUCGCUAAGAAGCGAGGUGUUACUCCGGAAUCAUUGUACGAAAAGAUUGCUUGGCCUUUGCACCGACAAUACGGACACGCAUACGAGGCUUUCAAACUCUCCAUCAGCGAACCUGAGGCUGUCUUUGGCUCCCUCGAACUUGAUGAAGAAACCCUUGCCGAUCUCCGAUCCGGUAUUGCACGACGACUUACUCCCAAACCCGUCAAGGUUCGCGCCGAUAUCGAAGUCAAAUGCUUCUCCUAUGCCGGUAUUGACGCUAUCAAACGUGCUCUUACUGCCGGUGAAGCCGUCUCUACCCCUGACGUACCUAUCAAAGUCAGAUUGGUCGCUCCUCCGCUUUACGUUAUGAGCACGACAAGUACGGACAAGAAUGCGGCGAUAGAGUUGAUGGAGAAGGCGGUUGAGGUUAUUGGUGAGACUGUUAGGAAAGACAAGGGUGAUAUCACUAUCAAGAUGAAGCCCAAGGUUGUUUCCGAGACCGAAGAUGCAGAGCUCAAAGCUCUUAUGGAACAGUUCGAAGCAGCCAACAUGGACCAGGCGGGUGAUGACGAAUCAAGCGAGGAGGACGAGUAAAUGCUGUUCACUAGAGUGUCGGCAUUGGCGUUGUGUUGUUGGGCAUCUCUAUGUGUCUAGGCUAUGAUAGAACAUGAUCAUGUUGGGUCUUCAUUUGGAGCCAAUUUAGGGGUUUAGAGUUUUUGGGUGAGACGGAAGAGUUUGGCGAGGGAGUUCAACGGUUGGACUCGGGGUAGAGGAAUGAGAAAUCAACUUGUGCAUUUCUUAGACCGUCAUAAGGGAAAAGAGCUUGCAUCUUUGAGCAAGAUAACAAAGGCUUAGUUUUGGGGCGAUGGUAGAUGCAUUUUCAA